AUGGCUCUCGUAUCAGAAGUCCUGGAGCGUGCAUCUGCCGCAUCCAACUACGCUAUCUACAUCCUUCCCUCUCUCCUAGUGUUGUAUCUCGCGCAGCAGUACUUCCACAAUGGGCUUCAUCGUUAUCCCGGCCCAGUACUGGCCAAGUUCACAAAUCUAUGGCGUUUCUUGGAUGUCCGCACUCGACACUCUGAAGUCACCCAUAUCGAGCUGCACCGCAAGUACGGCGAUGUCGUCCGGCUCGGGCCAAACACCUUAUCAUUCUCGUCUCCAAGCGCCAUCAAGGUGAUAUACGGCCUCAACAAAGGCUUCACCAAGUCCGAAUUCUACCCCGUCCAAAUGACAGUCUCAAAGGGCGAACCUCUCCCAUCCCUCUUCUCAACCCUAGACGAGAGUUACCACGCCAACCUCCGCCGCUCCGUCAACCACGCCUUCUCAAUGUCCUCUCUAGUCCAGUAUGAGCCCAUGGUCAACGAAACAAUCGAGCUCUUCCUCGACCAAACCACCACCCUCUUCUCAAAGCCCAACCAAACCUGCGACUUCGCCCGCUGGCUGCAGUUCUUCGCCUUCGAUGUCAUCGGCAGCAUCACAUACAGCAAACGCCACGGCUUCAUCGAGAAGAACCAAGACAUCGACGGCAUCCUCAAGUCCCUCGCCCGCAUCUUCGACUACGCCGGCCCUAUAGGCCAAAUGCCUUGGCUGGAUAAACUCCUCUGGAAGAACCCGGUCUUCGACGCACUCCAGAAAUGGGGUCUCGCUGAUAACUCACACCCUGUAGCGAUCUUUGCGCGCCAGCGCAUGAACGAGCGCAUGUCUUCUGCUACCUCCUCCGCCACUGCCACUACCACUACCAGUUCAGAUUCAGAUUCAAAACCGCAAAAAGAAGACCUCCUCACCAAAUUCAUGAAGGCAGGAAAAGACCGACCCGACUUCAUGACGGAGAAACGCGUCCUCACAAUGGCCGUGUCCAUGGCCUUUGCCGGCUCCGAAACAACAGCCAUCAGUCUCGCCGCCGUCUUCUACUACCUCCUCAAGAACCCAGUGUACAUGGCGCGCUUACGCACCGAACUAGAUACCGCUGUCGCAGACGGCACAAUCGAUAACAGACCUACUGGCCUCGUCUCGUGGUCUGAGUCCCAGAAACUGCCUUUCCUCGAUGCUUGCAUUAAGGAGUCUUUCCGAAUUUGUCCUGCGGCGGGGUUACUGCUUGAGCGGGUUGUGCCGAAGAGUGGGAUUGAGAUUGCGGGGCAGUUUAUCAAGGGCGGGACGAUUGUAGGGUGUAGCGCUUGGGUGAUGCAUAGACGAGAGGAGAUCUUUGGGCCUGGCGUUGAUACAUUUGAUCCAGAUCGGUGGCUCAGGGUGGAUGGGGAGAAGUUGAAGGUGAUGAACGGCACGAUGUUGCAGUUUGGGGCUGGGGCGCGGACGUGCAUUGGGAAGAACAUUUCCCUCAUGGAGGUUUAUAAGCUCAUUCCGAGUUUUUUGAGGAGGUUUGAUGUGCAACUGGCGUAUCCGGAUCAGGAGUGGGAGUUGUGGAAUGCUUGGUUUGUGAGGCAGUAUAACUUUAAGACUAAGUUUACGGAGAGGGAGAUCAAAGUAUAA